GUGUCUUUCGCUAGGCUCGCUUAUACUUUCUGCCAUCCAAAACAUUAUAAUAUCGCGCGAUCGUGUCGCGAGCCAGUGCCACGAAGCAGUGAGCGCCGUAUACAGAGUAGAGGUGUACAAGAUCGGGACAACACACACAGCUGGCCGUCAGCAGCAUGCUCGUGCUCGCGAGUGAAAUUCAAUUUGACAACUUUACAACGAGCGUCGAGCGGUAGUGAUUAAUUUCUUUUUCUCUUUCCUUUCGUUCUUUUCCACCGAUCGACAGACAAGCGCCGUUCAAAGAUCUCGCCUCUGAUCGCGGCGCGCAAAGUCGAGGCUGAACUCUCGACUUUUAUGCAAUAUUAAAAAUAAAAAAACUAUACGUAAAUUAGAGGUGAAAUAAUUUGAUCACAAAAGUAAACAUGAGUGAAACAACGGUAAUGUGGAUGCUGGUGCUGGUGAUGCUGGGUGGCUCCUAUCUUGCCGGCUCGCUGCCACUUGUGAUGAACCUGUCCGAGGACAAAUUACAAUUGGUAUCAGUUCUCGGAGCUGGACUUUUGGUAGGUACUGCAUUGUCAGUCAUAAUUCCUGAAGGGGUAAGAGCCUUGUUCAGUGGAGCCAUUCACACUUCAACAACUACGGCACAGGACGGUGCUCAGGAUGCUGAAAAGCAUGAAGAUACAGAUCUUCAUAGUUUAAUUGGAUUAAGUUUGGUGCUAGGGUUUGUAUUCAUGUUAUUAAUUGAUCAAUGUACAACAAAAAAAACUGGUGGAAAAGAAAAAAGUAUGACUGCUACUUUGGGACUAGUUGUCCAUGCCGCUGCUGACGGGGUUGCUUUAGGAGCUGCUGCCACAACAUCACAAUCUGAUGUUGAGCUCAUUGUAUUCUUGGCUAUAAUGCUGCAUAAAGCUCCUGCUGCAUUUGGACUUGUUUCAUUUUUGUUACAUGAAGGAGUAGAAAAACGAAAAAUUCAAAGACACUUGUUAAUAUUUUCUUUGGCAGCUCCUUGUUUAGCUGUAAUUACCUAUUUUGGAAUUGGGAAGGAAGGUAAAGAGACUUUAAGCAAUGUUAAUGCUACAGGAAUAGCAAUGUUGUUUAGUGCUGGAACUUUUUUGUAUGUUGCUACUGUGCAUGUCUUGCCUGAACUCAUGACUCGAGUUAAUAGUAGUUAUACUCACUUACCAACCGAUUCGGUUUCUUCUCUGCCUUCUAAUCAUAAUCAUUCACAUGGACUAAAAUUCAAGGAAAUUAUAGCUCUUGUAGUAGGUUGUUUUUUACCAGCAAUAAUUACUACUGGACAUCAUCAUUAAAUAAUUAUAUAUAUAAACACUAAUAUAAAUAGAUAUAUUACUGUACAAAUUUAAAAACAAAUUUUGACUCUAAGUGUUGACAGAAUAUAACAGAAAUUGUCUCAUGAACAAUAUUUCUGUUACAAGUAGAAAGAUAUAUUUUUUACUAUUGCAAAUAUUUUGUAUUAUUUUUAUUGAAUGGAACGAGUGCUCUGUACAAAUGAUUUUCAUAUUGUAAAAAAAAUUUGCAUGAAAAUUGUCUGUUGAUAGAUUUUUAAAUAAAUAGUUGAUUUGAAGGGAGAUGAAAAUUUGUUAAAUGAUGAGAACUUAAAUAGAUAUACAAUUUUGAAAAUCAUUUUCAAAUUUUUGUGAAAAUGUAGAUUGAGUAUAAUCAUAGGAACAAUGAUGAAUGAUGAAUUUCUAUCUUUACUUAAAAAUGUAAAACAUCAAUUACAAAAAAUGUGAUAAUACUUAGAUAAUUUUAUUAACAUUGAAUAAAACACAAAUAUAUUGUUACGAUAAUUUUUAAGUAAGCUGUCACUAUUUAAAGCGCAACAUUUAAAAUGAACAAUUUACAAGAUUUUUCAAUCAAAUUGUAAUGAAGUAGAUAAAAUACUUUGAAAAUGAAAU